CCCAAUUUUAAUGGGCAUGGAUCUAGAUGUUUUUAACGCUGCAAAAGAAGGCAAAAUUGAUGUCCUCAGGGGACACGAUCCACAGCAUCUUAACCAAAUAUUGACUCCAACCCGUAACACAGUCCUCCAUGUUUAUAUAGCUAAUGCAAGCACCCCAAAGCUCGUCAAACCUAAAGAAGAAGCGCCGAUCAAGCCAACCAGCUUUGUGGAGGAUAUCCUUCAGAUCUGUCCGACACUGCUAUGGCAGCAGAACGAGAGCGGUGAGACUGCCUUGCACAUGGCGGCCAAACAUGGGCUUGCUGAAAUAGUUGAACUUCUCAUCCAAACUGCAAAAGCUCGUCGUUGUGAAGACCUCGAGCAUGGGGCUGCCGCCUUCGCCUUCUCAUCGUCAUCAGAAGAAGAAGCAGCCUGCUGGAAAAUUUUUAUAAGGACACCUAGUAAGGAGAAGGACACAGCCUUGCACGAGGCAGUGCGGUUUAAGCACCUUGGUGUGGUGGAGAUAUUGAUCAGAGAAUACCCCGACUUUUCCUACCCUCCAAAUGUUGCUGGGGAGACUCCACUUUAUUUGGCUGCCGAGAGGAAAUACAAAGCUUUGUUCUCCGAAAUACUUGGCACUUGCAAGCAUCCAACUUACCAAGGCCCCAAUGGAAGAACCGCUUUGCAUGCUGCAGUAAUUUACGGUGAUGAAGAAAUGACCACAGAAAUACUAAAUAAGGAAAAAGCUUUGGCGAUAGUGGCAGACAAGAAAGGGUGGACCCCACUUCACUACGCUGCAUUCUAUGGUAGUGCUUCAAUUGUUACACAACUACUAGAAGCUGAUAAACACAGUGCCUACAUGGGUGACGAAGCUGAUAAGAAGACCGCUCUUCACAUUGCAGCCGCCAAAGGCCAUGCUAAUGUAAUGAAACAACUUAUUUCUUGUUGUCCUGAUUGUUGCGAAGUGGUCGACCAAAGACGUCGAAAUGCUCUUCAUUAUGCCUUGGAGAAGAGUCAAUCUCGAAUUAUAGAUAUUGUUAUGAUGGAUACAUGGCUUAGCAACGUCCUCUUAAAUGCCAAGGAUGUUGACGGCAACACACCCCUCCAUCUACUUAAUGCUCCUCUCCACACCCGGAUUCCUUUCAUUGGUGAUGCUAGGGUUGAUAAGAUGGCAUUCAAUAAAGAAAACAUGAACGCUCUCGACGUCAUUAAAACUAAUAUUAAUUUUAAAUUUAAGAUAUUUAUCGAGCAUGCUUUGAAAAGGAAUGGUGCAGUAUCAGGCCAUCGAAUUCUAAGCGAAAAUGAUCAUGAUGGCCAUAAAUUAAAGGAAAACAAAUGUGGUGAAGACACUGAAUUGGAUAAAAAUAUAAGAGAAUCCCAUCUGAUAGUGGCUACACUCGUAGCAACUGUUACAUUCACAGCAGGUGUCACCAUGCCUGGUGGUUAUUACCAAAGUGAUGCAUCAGGGGGAAAUGCCAUGAGUAAAGUAUCAAAGCAAAAUGUUAUGGUCCCGGCCCCGGCACCGAUUAAAGUAACAACUCCGGGUUAUGCAGUUCUAUCAAAAAAUGCAGCUUUCCAAAUUUUUUAUCUAGUCAAUAUGCUAGCCUUGUGUUUGUCCACUUAUUCCGUCCUUGUGCACCUUGUCUUAUUGAUACUCCCAGAGGGAAAAGAGAGAUUUGGAGUUCCUGCCUUUUGUUUUCUACUUGGUGACGACAAGGUGUGA